GUAACCUGCCCCAUCGCCCCAGGCCCGGGAGGGAUGCUCCCAGCGCAAGGCGGCCGCCGAAGGGAACCCGGGAGAACCAGCGGGAGGCUUCGGCAUUUGCAAAGUGGGAGCCAGCAGGAGGAGCCUGCCUGCGGCCGGGCUCUUGCACCCAUGCGCUCCCGCUGAAUGGGAGAGCGCCCGCCCGCCGCCUCGUCCACGCCACCCGCCAGAGCAUCCGCCGUUUGCUGCGCCAGGCCCGGAGAGCAACCAGGGGAUCCCCGCUUGUGGCCCGCGGGCGCCUUCGGGUCAUUUUGGCUGUGGAUCACAACUCGGAUAACAAGAAUUAUUGGAGCGGUACAAACCUUCUUCGCCGGCACAAUGAGUAACAAGCCACCGCCUGACGAUAAGCUUCUGGAGCUGAAUUUACAUUCCCAUUUCAUCAUCGGUUCCAUUUCAGAGGAUAACUCUGAAGAUGAGACAAGCUCCUUGGUGAAAAUCGAUUUACUGGAAGAAAAAGACCAGUCCAUCUCUCCAGUCUCCGUCAGUUCGGACUCUCUUUCUGACCUCAGUUCUUCCGGUGUUCAAGAGGCCCUUCAUAUGAGGCCAAGCAUGUCCGGCCUUCACCUCAUGAAACAAGGCCGGGAUAGGAAAAAAGUGGAUCUACAGAGGGAUUUCACUGUUGCAUCUCCAGCGGAGUUUGUCACUCGUUUUGGAGGGAACAAAGUCAUUGAGAAGGUUCUCAUUGCCAAUAACGGGAUAGCGGCUGUCAAAUGCAUGAGGUCCAUCAGACGUUGGUCUUAUGAGAUGUUCCGGAAUGAGCGAGCCAUUCGUUUCGUGGUUAUGGUGACGCCUGAAGACUUAAAAGCCAAUGCAGAAUAUAUUAAAAUGGCCGACCAUUAUGUUCCGGUACCCGGAGGUCCGAAUAACAAUAACUAUGCUAACGUGGAACUGAUAUUGGAGAUUGCAAAAAGGAUACCUGUGCAGGCCGUGUGGGCCGGCUGGGGCCACGCCUCAGAGAAUCCCAAGCUUCCAGAACUGCUCCACAAAAAUGGCAUUGCUUUCAUGGGUCCCCCAAGCCAAGCGAUGUGGGCAUUAGGAGAUAAAAUUGCCUCUUCUAUAGUGGCGCAAACUGCGGGUAUCCCUACCCUUCCCUGGAGUGGCAGCGGAAUCCAGGUAGAUUGGCAAGAAAACGAGUUUCAAAAGCGGAUCUUGAACGUUCCCCAGGAACUAUACGAGAAGGGCUGUGUAACGGAUGUGGAUCAUGGCUUGAAGGCUGCCGAAGCUAUUGGUUAUCCGGUCAUGAUCAAAGCCUCUGAAGGAGGAGGAGGGAAAGGAAUCCGGAAAGUAAACAAUGCCGAUGAUUUUCCCAAUCUUUUUAGACAGGUACAAACUGAGGUGCCCGGCUCACCGAUCUUCGUGAUGCGACUGGCUAAGCAAUCCCGCCACCUCGAGGUCCAGAUCCUUGCCGACCAAUAUGGCAAUGCCAUCUCCCUCUUUGGCCGAGACUGUUCCGUGCAGCGCCGGCAUCAGAAGAUUAUUGAGGAGGCUCCAGCAUCUAUUGCGACGUUGGCUGUCUUUGAACAUAUGGAACAGUGUGCGGUUAAACUCGCCAAGAUGGUGGGCUACGUCAGUGCCGGGACGGUAGAAUAUCUUUACAGCCAGGAUGGGAGUUUUUACUUUUUGGAGCUAAACCCUCGGCUGCAGGUCGAGCAUCCUUGUACAGAAAUGGUGGCUGACGUCAACCUGCCUUCCGCUCAACUCCAAAUUGCGAUGGGAAUUCCUCUCCACAGGAUCAAAGAUAUCCGCAUCAUGUAUGGAGCGUCACCCUGGGGAGACACCCCUAUUGAUUUCGACAGCUCGGCCCAUGUGCCUUGUCCGCGGGGUCACGUGAUCGCAGCCCGUAUCACCAGUGAGAACCCUGAUGAGGGAUUUAAACCCAGUUCUGGAACAGUCCAAGAACUGAAUUUUCGCAGUAAUAAGAACGUCUGGGGUUACUUCAGCGUGGCUGCUGCAGGAGGCCUUCACGAAUUUGCAGACUCUCAGUUCGGCCAUUGUUUCUCGUGGGGGGAAAACCGUGAAGAAGCCAUCUCAAAUAUGGUCGUUGCUCUGAAGGAGCUGUCCAUUCGAGGCGAUUUCAGAACCACUGUGGAGUAUUUGAUUAAACUGCUUGAAACGGAAAGCUUUCAGCACAACCGCAUUGACACUGGUUGGCUGGACCGAUUGAUUGCUGAGAAAGUGCAGGCGGAGAGACCAGAUACCAUGCUGGGGGUGGUGUGUGGGGCCCUCCACGUGGCUGAUGUCAGCCUGCGGAAUAGCAUCUCCAACUUUCUCCACUCCCUGGAGAGGGGCCAAGUCUUGCCUGCCCAUACAUUAUUGAACAUAGUAGACGUGGAACUCAUCUACGAAGGGAAGAAAUAUGUACUAAAGGUAGCUCGGCAGUCUCCAAAUUCCUACGUUGUCAUCAUGAACGGUUCUUGUGUGGAGGUUGACGUUCACCGGCUAAGUGACGGAGGUCUCCUAUUGUCCUAUGAUGGGAGCAGCUACACCACCUACAUGAAAGAAGAAGUGGACAGGUAUCGCAUCACCAUUGGCAAUAAAACCUGUGUGUUUGAGAAGGAAAAUGACCCAUCGAUUCUGCGAUCCCCAUCAGCCGGGAAACUCAUCCAGUACGUGGUGGAAGAUGGUGGACAUGUCUUCGCUGGACAAUGCUUUGGUGAAAUUGAGGUGAUGAAGAUGGUGAUGACACUCACUGCGGUGGAAUCGGGCUGUAUCCAUUAUGUGAAGCGUCCGGGAGCAGCCCUUGAGCCAGGAUGUAUCAUUGCUAAAAUGCAACUGGAUGACCCGAGCCGAGUUCAACAGGCCGAGCUCAAUAUGGGAACCUUGCCCCAGAUCCAGAGCACAGCCAUGCGGGGUGAGAAACUUCACCGGAUCUUCCAUUAUGUCUUUGACAACCUACUCAAUGUGAUGAAUGGAUACUGCCUUCCAGAUCCCUAUUUCACCAGCAAGGUGAAGAACUGGGUGGAACGCUUAAUGAAGACUCUCCGGGAUCCAUCCUUGCCUCUACUGGAGCUCCAGGAUAUCAUGACCAGCGUCUCUGGACGGAUCCCCCCCAACGUGGAAAAAUCCAUCAAAAAAGAAAUGGCACAGUAUGCCAGCAACAUCACCUCUGUCCUCUGCCAGUUUCCCAGCCAGCAGAUUGCCAACAUCCUGGACAGUCACGCCGCCACUUUAAACCGCAAAUCGGAGCGUGAGGUUUUCUUCAUGAACACUCAGAGUAUUGUGCAGCUGGUUCAAAGAUACCGAAGCGGCAUCCGAGGUCACAUGAAGGCAGUCGUGAUGGAUUUGCUUCGGCAGUACCUCAAGGUGGAAACUCAGUUCCAACACGGUCACUAUGAUAAGUGCGUCUUUGCUCUUCGAGAGGAGAACAAAAGCGAUAUGAACGCUGUGCUCAACUACAUCUUUUCCCACGCCCAGGUGACCAAGAAGAACCUCCUUGUGACAAUGCUCAUUGAUCAGUUGUGCGGCCGAGAUCCAACAUUGACCGAUGAGCUGAUCAACAUUCUGACGGAACUGACCCAAUUGAGUAAGACCACCAACGCCAGAGUGGCCUUACGAGCCCGCCAGGUGCUCAUCGCUUCCCACCUGCCUUCCUAUGAACUCCGUCACAAUCAGGUGGAGUCCAUCUUCCUCUCGGCCAUCGACAUGUAUGGACACCAGUUCUGCAUCGAGAAUCUGCAGAAACUUAUCCUUUCCGAGACUUCCAUCUUCGAUGUGCUCCCCAACUUCUUCUACCACAGCAACCAGGUGGUGCGAAUGGCAGCUCUGGAGGUGUAUGUUCGGAGGGCAUAUAUCGCCUACGAGCUGAACAGCGUCCAGCACCGCCAGUUGAAAGACAACACGUGCGUGGUGGAAUUCCAGUUUAUGCUCCCGACUUCGCAUCCAAACAGAGGGAACAUUCCCACGCUCAACAGAAUGUCCUUCUCGUCUAACCUUAACCAUUACGGGAUGGUCCACGUGGCCAGCGUGAGCGACGUUCUCCUGGACAAUUCUUUCACCCCACCGUGCCAGCGCAUGGGAGGCAUGGUUUCCUUCCGAACCUUUGAAGACUUCGUCCGACUAUUUGACGAGAUUAUGGGAUGCUUUUGCGACUCUCCGCCUCCAAGCCCCACCUUCCCAGAAUCAGGACACCCAUCCCUGUAUGAUGAAGACAAGAGCGCUCGAGAUGAACCUAUUCACAUCCUGAAUGUCGCCAUUAAGACGGAUUGUGAUAUCGACGAUGAAGGUCUCGCUGCCAUGUUCAGGGAAUUCACGCAGAGCAAGAAAGCUGUCCUGAUUGACCAUGGAAUUCGACGUCUAACUUUUCUGGUGGCCCAAAAGGAUUUCAGAAAACAAAUCAACUAUGAGGUGGACCAAAGAUUUCACAGGGAAUUCCCCAAAUUCUUCACUUUCCGUGCCAGGGAUAAGUUCGAAGAGGACAGAAUCUACCGCCACUUGGAACCAGCCUUGGCGUUCCAGCUGGAGCUCAACCGAAUGCGCAACUUUGACCUCACCGCCAUCCCAUGUGCCAAUCACAAGAUGCACCUCUAUCUGGGGGCAGCGAAAGUUGAGGCAGGAGCGGAAGUUACCGAUUAUCGAUUCUUUGUCCGAGCGAUCAUCCGCCAUUCAGACUUGGUGACUAAGGAAGCCUCGUUUGAAUACCUCCAGAAUGAGGGGGAGCGCUUGCUUUUAGAAGCCAUGGACGAGCUGGAAGUAGCUUUCAACAACACAAAUGUGCGCACCGACUGCAACCACAUUUUCCUCAAUUUUGUCCCUACCGUUAUUAUGGAUCCUUCAAAGAUUGAGGAAUCUGUUCGGAGCAUGGUUAUGCGCUACGGGAGCCGUCUGUGGAAGCUCCGAGUCUUGCAAGCUGAGCUGAAGAUUAACAUUCAGCUGGCACCCAGUGGCAAGGCGAUUCCAAUCCGGCUGUUCUUGACCAACGAGUCAGGCUAUUACCUUGACAUAAGCCUGUAUAAAGAAGUGACAGACUCCAGAACUGCCCAAAUUAUGUUCCAGGCUUAUGGCGAUAAGCAAGGACCUCUACACGGGAUGCUGAUCAAUACUCCCUAUGUGACGAAAGAUUUACUCCAGUCAAAGAGAUUCCAGGCCCAGUCCCUGGGGACAACCUACGUAUAUGAUAUUCCUGAAAUGUUUCGUCAGGCUCUGAUCAAAUUAUGGGACUUUAUGAAGGAGUUUGCGGUUCUCCCUCCUCAGCCUUUGCCUUCUGAUGUGUUGACGUAUACAGAGCUUGUCCUGGAUGACCAAGGCCAGUUGGUACAGAUGAACAGGCUUCCUGGAGGAAAUGAGAUUGGAAUGGUGGCUUGGCGCAUGACUCUCAAGACCCCUGAAUAUACAGAUGGCCGAGACAUCGUUGUCAUUAGCAAUGACAUCACAUAUAAGAUCGGGUCUUUUGGUCCCCAAGAAGACUUGCUUUUUCUCAGAGCAUCCGAGCUGGCUCGGGUGCUGGGUAUCCCUCGGGUUUACGUUGCUGCCAACAGCGGGGCCCGGAUCGGCUUGGCUGAAGAAAUUCGUCACAUGUUCCACGUCGCAUGGGAAGAUCCAGCUGACCCCUAUAAGGGAUUCAAGUAUCUGUACCUAACUCCUCAAGAUUAUAAGAAAGUUAGUGCCUUGAACUCAGUACAUUGUGAACACGUGGAAGACGAAGGAGAAUCGAGGUAUAAAAUUACAGAUAUUAUUGGGAAAGAAGAUGGCCUGGGGACCGAGAACCUGCGAGGAUCUGGCAUGAUUGCUGGAGAAUCCUCCCUUGCUUAUGAAGAGAUCAUCACAAUUAAUCUGGUGACCUGCCGCGCCAUUGGAAUUGGGGCUUACGUUGUCCGGCUGGGACAAAGGACAAUCCAGGUGGAAAAUUCACAUAUAAUCUUGACCGGUGCUGGAGCGCUCAACAAAGUGCUUGGAAGAGAGGUGUACACUUCUAAUAACCAAUUGGGUGGUAUCCAGAUCAUGCACAACAAUGGAGUGACCCACAGCACUGUGUGUGAUGACUUUGAAGGUGUCUACACCAUUCUGCAGUGGCUCUCCUACAUGCCAAAGAGUGUGUUCAGUCCAGUCCCGAUGCUCAUUGUGAAGGACCCGAUAGACAGAACAAUUGAAUUCCUUCCCACCAAGGCCCCCUAUGAUCCUCGCUGGAUGCUUGCUGGACGACCUCACCCAACUCAGAAGGGCCAGUGGCUGAGUGGUUUCUUUGAUCACGGCUCAUUUUUGGAGAUCAUGCAACCCUGGGCUCAGACAGUUGUGGUUGGCAGAGCCAGACUGGGUGGCAUACCACUUGGGGUGGUUGCUGUUGAAACGAGGACAGUAGAACUGAGCAUUCCUGCAGAUCCUGCAAAUCUAGACUCGGAAGCCAAGAUUAUCCAGCAAGCUGGCCAAGUGUGGUUUCCUGACUCUGCUUUCAAAACCGCAGAAGCCAUCAAGGAUUUCAAUCGGGAGGGACUUCCGCUGAUCGUCUUCGCCAAUUGGAGAGGUUUCUCAGGUGGAAUGAAAGAUAUGUACGACCAGGUGCUGAAGUUUGGGGCCUACAUUGUAGACGGUCUGCGAGAAUAUAAGCAACCGGUCCUUGUUUAUAUCCCACCCCAAGCAGAACUCCGAGGCGGGUCCUGGGUGGUGAUCGACCCCACCAUUAAUCCUCGACAUAUGGAAUUGUACGCUGACCGGGAAAGCAGAGGUGGCGUUUUGGAACCUGAAGGGACAGUGGAAAUCAAAUUCCGAAAGAAAGACUUAGUAAAAACCAUGAGGCGUGUGGAUCCCAUCUAUAUGGGGCUGGCAGAGCGACUUGGCACCCCGGAGUUAAACCCAGCUGAGCGGAAGGAUCUGGAGGCCAAGCUGAAGGAGCGAGAAGAAUUCCUAAUUCCCAUUUACCAUCAGGUAGCGGUGCAGUUUGCUGACUUGCACGACACGCCCGGCCGGAUGCAGGAGAAGGGUGUCAUUACCGAUGUGCUAGAAUGGAGAACCUCCCGUUCGUUCUUCUACUGGAGAAUACGGCGUCUUCUUCUGGAGGACUUGGUCAAGAAAAAGAUCCACGCAGCAAAUCCUGAACUCACUGAUGGCCAGAUUCAGGCAAUGCUGAGACGCUGGUUUGUGGAAGUCGAAGGAACGGUUAAGGCCUACUUGUGGGAUAACAACAAGGACCUGGUAGAGUGGCUGGAGAAGCAGCUGGCAGAGGAAGAAGGCGCCCGCUCGGUGGUUGACGAGAACAUCAAAUACAUUUCCAGGGACUACAUACUCAAACAGAUACGAAGCUUGGUCCAGGCGAACCCAGAGAUAGCCAUGGAUUCCAUCGUUCACAUGACGCAGCACAUAUCGCCCACCCAGCGUACCGAGAUCGUGCGCAUUCUCUCCACAAUGGACUCGCCCACCUCCACGUAAGAGGACGCCCCCCUCCCUCAAUCGCGGAGGGCAAGAAGGGGCCGCUCGCCGCUCUCAACCCGCCCACAACGUGGACCUGCCAAGAACCGCUGGAAAGUGACUUUUUAAUUAUUAUUUUUUUUUAAAUACCAGACUUCGACGGAAGACGGCAUGGCAUCCUUCUAGUUGCAAAAGACUCUAGGAACGCAGCCCCCCUCCUCCUCGUCCUAAAAUAAUUUAUGGAUGCCACAUAACCGUACCUAUUUAUUUAACAAGAAAGUGACUGGACCAAUAUUGUAACUAACGGUUGUCUGUACAGCACUUAUCCAGAUUAUGAAUGGUACUCUUGUACCAUGAGGUCACGGAAUUUAAAGGGUGGGUGGGAGGAGAUAAGGGGUUGAUGUCCGUGGUGAGCCAGUUUGUCUGUUCGUUAACAUCCCCCCUCUCCCCAAACCCAAGAUCCCUCUGGUUUCCCAACAGCCGUGGUAAACAGGGGCUGCUCCUCCUCGCCCCAUUUUCCCCGGGGCCCUUCAGUUCAUCGGCUAAUCCUGCAGGAGGCGGGCAUCCACCCCUCCUGAAGCAGCCUGGCGGGAUCACCAUUUCUGUGCCUAAAGGGAGACCCUCGGACUUCGUAUAGCUCAUCCCCCUAAUCUGGAAUGAGCGUCUCCUUCCGACACAGGGCAAGGACAGAACCCAUUUUCCUUUUUGAAAUGCGUCUCCCCCCCCCGGGCUCGGCUGGGCUCCCUCCGUACAUUUGCAAAGCAGCCAGCUGACGCUUAAAAGGCAGCACAGUGCUUUCCGUGGUCAUAACUACCAGUCUUUGGGCGUUAAACAGACCUAUCCAGCAGCCCUCGGUUUCCCAGGGCGGGCUGGACCCAACCCAGCCCAGAGUGUCUCUCUUAUGUCAGGUAUCCUGCCUCUCUGCCCCAUUCCUGGGUCCCAGCACAGAAUAAGCCAAAAAGAUUUUGGUUUGCUGACAUCCCCCCUUCCCACCCCACCUGCUGGUUUACACACACACAUACAUACACUGACCGGGGAUGCAUCAGAGCAUCCCUUUCCACUGCCCUCCAGCCAGGACAGGAAGUGCUGGAAGCUACAACUGGUGGGGUUUUUGGGGGGGGAGAAUGUGGCAGAUGUGUAGGACCAUCAGCACUUAGUAAAAUCUGCAGAGAUGGGAUUUUGGGGUUCUGGUAGGAAUUAGGGGGCAUGUGCCUUUCUGGGUGGAGAAAGUGUCUGGCCCACCAGCAAGAUUUGGGAUGCCAUUCAGUUGGCCAAAUGGUAGAAGAGCAUUUCCUUUCUCCUUGCAGACACACCACACCUAUAGCAUGCAGCUGUGGGGCACACAUACACACACACACACCCCAAUUUUGGAAAGGGACAACUCUCCACAGCCAGCUCACAAUUCAACCAAUACAACAGUGAAAAUUAAUUUCAGCGGAACCGUUGCCAAUAAUAAUGAAAGUAAGUCAAUCCAGAAACACAAGAGUUACAUUAAUUUCCAAUGAAAAUGUGGCCACCGACAAUAAAAGUGACUGAGUGGAACAAUUAAUUCAGCGUUGACUUGUCCCGCGGUGAGUUGGGCAAGGCGUGUUGGCCGCAGCGAGCUGUCCUUGACCCCCUCAAGUUGUAUUGCUGAUUCUUACCUGUGGGCCUAUAGAUGUGAUGGGAGAGUCUACUCUACAAACACACACACCCCACACACACACACACCAACUCUCAGAGCCAGCCUUAGAUCCAAGUUGGGAGGGGCAGUAAUAAAACCCCCAGCCACUUUAAUGUUCUUUCUAAACCAAGGAUCUAAUUUUUCCCUGCUUAAAAAACCCCAGCAGUUUGGAAUUAAUGCGAUUGGCUUUUUUUUCCUUCCAUAAAUUGCAAAGUGCUAAAAUCCAUGCUGCUCAACGUAACACAGAAAGCGGGGAGGGAAUUUAAUUUGGGGGUCUGGGUUGGGAGGAUCCUCAUAGCACAGUACUAACCAACCAACCAAGUUUCACUAAAAAUCAAAGACUGAGAAUCUAGUUCCCAGGUUCUUUUUUUAACCUGGAAAGUGCGGAGUGUGUGAAAUUAAAACAGCCCUUCGCUGUAGUUCAGAGAGCCCAGCCUUCUCCAGCUUCCAGGUGUGAUGCACUAGACAUCAAAAGCUUCCCCAAAGUUAUUUCCAAAGAUUACUGGCCAGAAUGGACAUCUUGGACAUCUGGAGGGCUAUAGUGACUUGCAGCAGGCUAAAACAUCAAAAGGCACGUCAUUUGAUGGGAGAUACAAAGCACAUAUUUUGGGCUAAAACUGGGUCUCCAACCUCGGCAACUUUAAGACUUGUGGACUUCAACUCCCAGCUUUGCUUUGCUGGCUGAGGAAUUCUGGGAGUUGAAGUCCCCAAGUCUUAAAGUUGCCAAGGUUGGAGAUCCCUGGGCUAAAAUAACGCUGAUCGACUUAGCUCAUACUAACAAAAGGUUCCAAAAGAACAGGCUUGCUUAUGGGACUGUGGUGGUGGGCUUGCAUUUCCACCAGAUUUUCCCUCCAGGGUUCAGCUCAGUGCCUUUCUUUUUUUUUUGAAACUCCCCCUCCCAUUAUUUGUUCAUUAAAGAAAAUAGAUGUUCAGCUAUACUCCAGGAUGGCCCAGGUUCCAGAAAACACAAAUGCAUUUGAGAUUUAUUUUCCCCAACAACCGCCACAGAAUCACAUUGAUCCCACAAGCCUUCCAAGAACCGACAUAGAUUCUCACGUCUAUCUGUGCAAUUUUUUUUUGGUCCUUCCUUCCCUCCUGCAAAACAUGCGAACUGAUCUGAUCUGCUGUGUGCGUAAAGGAUUUCUUGAUUCCAGCAGCUUUGUAACCACCGGCUUAAGCCUGUCAAAUGGCUGUUCCUUUUGACCCCACGCCGAUUCUUUUUAGAGGCUGCAAAAACAACCACAGUGAAAAAGAUGGCCUUUUCAAUCUUGCCCUUUAAAUUCUAGUCCACCAAAGUUUAAAACAAAAAAUAAAAAAUCAACACAUCCUCACACAGGAUUGAAGAGGGGAGGAGAAACAAGCUAAGAGGCAUUCUGGGUGCUUCCUGAAUCUGUUCGGUCCCUAAAAGAUGGAGCGAUCAUUAUGACUUUAGCAGGAAUAAAUUCAGACAAAACCUCUCGCUUGGAAGUAUUAAAGUGCGUUUUGCUUUGGGAGAAUUGUCAGGUCUGAAGUUGUUGCACUUACCUCAGUUUUCUUUUAAUAAAACCAACAAUCAGUUUUG